GUUGUUUAUAUUUAUUGUAUAUGCUAUAAUCGGUAAACAGCAGUUAGAUGAUGUCACUUCCGCUAAAUUACUUCCGGUUGGUCGACUUCGUUCGAAAGCAAGUCAUACAUGUUGCGGUCUUCUGUGGUUCUUUCUGUUGCCAUCCUACACAAAGCAGCGAAGAAGCAAUGCCUUUUUCACCAUCUUGUCUAUGAAGAAUUGUCAAAAGUAAAUGGUCAAGCUUACAACGAUGUUCUCUUCAUUGACUCCGGUUUGGCUUGGUGUUGAGUGGCGUUUCUACACGUCUCACGAGAACACUAAAGUGAAAAAGGCACGUUUCGGCUGCCCUACGGUAUCAACAUGGCGACAAGUCACAGUGGAAGCAGCAAAACGUCAGUAUCCACAGCAAGCGCAGCUCUUGUUAGAGCUAAAGCAGAAGCCGCCAAAGUGCGAGCGUCAUACGCAAGCCAAGAAGCUAAGCUAAAAAUGGAAGAAGCUAAGCUAAAACUGGAAAAGGCUCAUAAUCAAUUAGAAACAACGAGAAUAAGCACAGAAUUAGAAGUGCUUACACUACAACGAGAAGCAGAUGCAGCUGAGGCGGAAGCUCAAGUAUGGGAGGAGGCUACGGCAGCACAAUCCACAGGCGAUGACAGGAAAACUGAAUCUGAAAAGGCAAAAAUUGAACGCACCAGUGAAUACGUUCAAUCACAGAUCGACCUUCAACAGCUGUUGGCAUCACCAGCUGCCUUGUGUCCAGCAAUAAAUAAGCAACCGUGUCCGUUAACACAAGCUACCAUCAACGCCUGGCAUCUGAAUGAAAAUACUCCAUAUAUGCAACCCAGUCCUAAUAAAACAAACUUUAAGAGCGAUAAAGAAUCCCACUUUUCCACACCAAACUUAAAUAAGCCAGUUAAAGCUACGACAAACUUUGAAGAAAAAAGACAACCUGGCUCAAACAUACAUGCUCCGCCCUAUGUUCCCCGACAGUUUCCACAAGCCAGCAUGUCGUCUUCAGUUGAAUCGUUGGCCCACUAUUUGGCAACACGAGAUCUCAUCACCUCAGGACUGUACUACUUCGCCGAUAAACCAGAAGAUUAUCGCGCAUGGGAGUCGUCAUUCACUACAGCGGUCAGCGGUGCUCACCUCACAACAACUCAAGAACUAGACCUCAUGACAAAGUGGCUUGGUAAGGAGUCUGGAGAACAUGAGACGCAUCCGCUCAAUGUAUGUAAACCAUCCAGAACUGGCUCUACACAAAGCAUGGGAGAGACAGCGUGACUGUUAUGCUGCUCCUGAAAUCAUUGAAAAAUCACUAUUUGAUCGGCUGGACAAUUUCCCCAAAAUUUCUAAUAAAGACAACGCUAAGCUACGUGAACUGGGAGAUUUGCUCAUGGAAAUUCAAGGUUUCAAGGAGGACGGCUAUGUCACCGGCUUGUCCUAUCUGGAUACGUCACGAGGAAUUAGGCCUAUUGUGGACAAGCUUCCUUAUAGCCUUCAGGAAAAAUGGACGUCUUCUGGGUUUUUGUACAAAGAACAUAAUACCCACACAGCAAAAACACUCCGCGGCGGAUCCCCCGCGCAGGUAUCGCGCUUUCCGGAACGGAACCGCGAAACGGACCCGCAUCGGCGUCCAUUUGCACUCAGGAACGUAUCCGCCGCGGCGGCGGGUAGCUGAUCCGCCGUGGCGGCGCGCUGCAUCCGCAUCGCACCCAUGAUCAAAGCCUUAUUUCCGCGGCGGGUACGCCGUGACGGCGCGCUGCAUCCGCUCCGUACCCAUGAUCAAAGCCUUAUUUCCGCGGCGGGUGCGCCGUGACGGCGCGCUGCAUCCGCUCCGCACCCAAGAUCAAAGCCUAACCUCCCGCCGCGGACCAGCAACGGACUCAUAAAAACCCUGGCUCAUCUGGCCGUUUUGGACCCCUUUAUCUUAUUUUCAAAAUCCCUUCUGUGCUUGCUGUAGGAUAAAAUAGGAAACUAAAAAAUUCACUAAGCCCUACUACAGCAAUAUAGGCUUACAUAUGCAUUGCCUUGUAUUUUUAAACUAACAAUAUUGUCAAUAGGCAGAAACAGAAAAUGGUCAAUACACUCUAUAAAGUAAAUAUAUAUAAUAUAUAUUUAAAAAGUAAAUAUACAUAUUUAAUCUAUUAGGCUACAACUUCAAGGAAACACUGCUCCAUGCACAGCUAACAUAUCAGAAAAUGAAUAACUGGUGAAUGACAAGAAGUCCAAUAAAAGGUUGUUUAUUUAUACAUAUACAUCUUUAUUCCUCCUGAGGAGGUGGAAGCGGGACUCGUCUCCUCGUUGCCCGAUCCCCCGCCAAGUUGAACCACCUGAUGGCGUGUUUGGUGACCUCAGCGUCCGUGGCUGACCUUGUCAACACAUUUUUACUCACAGCACCUGUAAUCAAACAAGAUUACAAGACAGAUAUGUUUAUGUUUAUGGUAGGAAGCAUCCAAAGCCAAGUAUGCUUACACAAUACAAAAUAUGUGAUAGGUAUUAAGGAGAUUACAUUUGAAAAAAAAAAAAAAGACUUAAAGUUACUGGAGGUGGUUAAAAUAAGGUGCGUAAACUAUGAAUUUGUGAUCAGGGUAUAGGUGUGCAAGACAUCCAAAAUGUUUAAACAAUAUCGUUAUUUGGUUCCUUGAUCAGAGUACUUGUUUGGCUCUGUUGGAUGA